CAGCAGCAGCAGCAGCAGCAGAUGCCCAAGGCGACAGCAGCAAGCAGCCCGCAGCAAAGCCCCACGCGCUGCACCUGGUGGCAGCAGAAGCCACUCAAACUGUUGCAGCAGCUACUCGCAACCCCGAUGACUUGAGCCCCGCAGGGUUUCUAGACUCUCUAGAGUUUGUGCAGGUGGAGGCUGCGCGGCACUACGCCCGCGAGGGCACUCAGCUGCUGCCGUUUGCUGCUGCGGCUCCUGGGGAGGAGGAGGAAGACCCCCAAAGACUGCAGCAAGAAGCCACGGGAAAGCCCCCGGAGCAGCAGCAGCAGCAGCAGCAGCAAAAGCAAACGGACUGGCGCGAGCUCCUCACGCAGCCAGAGAGCAUCAGGUACGCAGGCAUCCAGGAAACAACUCAGCCUCCCGAGGCCUCAGCAGCCCCCACAGGGGCCCCGCUGCAGCAGCUGCAGCAGCAGCAGCAGCAGCAGCAGUUUGCAUGCAUGCGCCUCCAUGGCCGUGUGCGACUCAGGCUAGUUAAGCACGCCAUGCUGAGCAGAGAUGGCGUGGGGGGCUCUUCUUUGUUGGGGGAUUUAGUGGCUUCGGGAUCGACUUCUCUGGAGAGAGGCAUUGAAAUUCUGGUGGGUCUGCUGCUGCAGUCUGCUGCACUUAGCAGCAGCAGCUCUGCUGCACUCAGCUGCAGCAGCAGCAGCAGCGCUGCCCUUCCAUGUCUACGGAUGCACACACUUUUGCCUGUGCUGCAGGCCGCGGCAGUUGCCCCUCCGGAGAAGGCCUAG